AUGGAGAAGCUAAAGCCAAGCGUCUCUAAGAAGCCCCCCCCCUCGCGUAAAACCCCGUUCCAAGACGCUCACAAGCUGCAGUACGGACUCGAGGUCGUAACGUGCGACGCUGGGGGAGCGGCUUGCUCGGUCCGCUGCCUGUUUUGCCGAUAUUUUGGUAGAGAGGAAGCACCCAAGGGCAAACGAAAGCGUACUCAAAAUAUCAAGUACUACAAGGCUCCUUUCCGACCCCAGAACUACAUCGAGCACAAUUCUUCCGCGCACUCAGCUAAGUGGGGAGAAUACACAGGUCUCAGGGACGCAGAGAAGGCUGUAUUUUUUGCUGAU